CGGAAAUGACCUAAUAUAAGUAUUUUUUUGCCAAAAGUUGUGUGUGUACUUUGAGGAGACAGUAAGGAUAUAUUAUUUACUGUGAUAACGAUUACGGAAGAUUAUCAAGGAAAUGAAACCAGGAUUUAGGAUGUGGCAACAAAUGCGAAAACCUACGAGUGGAACACUUGAUAGUUGGGACUAUGUGUUACCCUAACUGUGCACUUCGGAGGUGAUGUCUGCGCGUACUACUUGCGUAUAACUCAUAUUUUUGUUUUGUUUUAAUUUUUUAAUCGGUUUGCUUCUUCUCGUUAGUUUUAUAAACAUGCCUUUCCCUAUGAAUCCGCGGACAAACCCUCCCCGUACCACACAUCGAGAUGUACCUGACCUGUCAUACAACAUGUUACAACACACAGGCAAUGAGAACGUGUCAGAAGGCCGGGGACAAGAUUCAGGAAACGUCCCCCCGAAACACCUCACUGACCGGACGCAGGAUAGUCAACAGAAUGGUUGCAGAAGAGAGGACCCAGAUAUCCUGCGUUUUCAGCGUCCCUAUAAAGAUGUACCAGUUUUAAAUAGAGCCCACGACGAGAGCAGAGAAUAUGCUACCAACAACAAUCAGACUGCAAGACAGACUAAUCAUUUAGCAGAAGAUGCUGUCUCUGAUGAUGAAGUAAAAAGGAUUGACAGAUUACAGUCGAAGGCCUUUGGUGGGCAUGAUCCGAAUAGUGUAAUAAGAGUUGGAAACGAAAUGUUCACAACUCCACAGGAGAUGGUACAAAUUGGGAAGCUCUUGUGUAAGAUAUGUUUUGCUAAUGAUGCAGCUAUUGUGUUCCUUCCAUGCUCCCAUCUUGUUUGCUGUCCUGUCUGUGAUGCUAGGAACACCAUUGAUAAGUGCUGUCUCUGCAAGGAGAUCAUCGGACAACGUAUCCGUGUACAAGAUGAAGAACGUGACACAGGACAUUUAAUGUUCUAGUAGGCAGUAAAUCUUGCUUACUCAUGGUCUAGUGUAAAAUGUUUGUAAAUCAAAACGAUUUAUUGGAUUUGUUUGUAUAGACUCUGUUAUAUAUAUAUGGAGGAGUCGGAAUCGGCAACAUUGAACCAUAGGGAGGAGUUGGUAAGAAAGUAAGUCCCCGCACUAAACUUUGUUUUUUGGACUUAAUAAAACUAAUAAGCUAUUUUUAUAGAUAAGAUUUAAAUUCAUCACCUCAUAUUUCUAUCUGAUUGUGUUUGGGUUCAUCAAUAAAUUCUUAAUGAAGGCGA